UCUCACUAGAACACACAGGAUCCUGCAGUCCUCUAGCAAAUCUAUCAUCUCUGCCUGGCAAGGAGACGCUGGUAGCAGUGGAAAGAGAGGACCUCCGAUGUGACCUGACUGCUCCUGUUUCCAGGGAACUCUGCUGUGGAGCUGCACUCCCCCCAUGAGAAGAAGCCAUUAAUCUGGAAGAGAAGAACAGAGUAAAGACAUGACGAUAAAAGAUCUUAAAAAUAUUCUUAUUAUAUCCUUUGGAUUUCUCCUUCUUUUUACAGCUUAUGGGGGAUUGCAAGCUUUACAGAGCAGCCUGAACCCGGAGAAAGGCUUGGGUGUAGCAUCAUUAAGUGUUGUCUAUGGAUGUCUAAUAUUGUCUUCGCUUUUUCUACCUCCAAUCAUUAUUAAGAAAAUUGGGUGCAAAUGGACAAUUGUCAUCUCCAUGUGCUGUUACAUCACUUAUUCCAUAGGAAACUUUAAACCAAACUGGUAUAGUUUAAUAAUUACCUCAGCAAUUCUGGGUAUUGGAGCAGGGCCAUUAUGGGCAUCAAAAUGUACUUAUCUCACCAUCAGCGGAAUUAGGUUUGCUAAGCAGAAUGGCAGAGAAAAAAUGGACAUUGUGAACCAAUAUUUUGGCUUGUUUUUCCUAAUAUAUCAGUCAUCUGGAAUUUGGGGAAAUCUUAUUUCAUCUCUAGUACUUAAUCAAAAUCCCAAUAAAGUGGCAACUGAUAAUAUAAGUUACUCUUACUGCGGAGCAAAUAAUUGUCCCACAUCCACAACUGAACUUAGAAAUACUACAACACUAGCUUCUGGUGUAUCAGACAUGCUGCGUUAUACUCUGAUGGGCAUUUAUACAGGAAGCGGAGUUAUUGCCAUUCUACUGAUUGUAAUUUUUUUGGACCAAAUUGACCUAUCGGAGGAACAAAAAGAAGAAAAUAACAAUCCAACUAUUUGUACAUCAUUGCUAGGAACAAUAAGACAACUGAAAGAUAAACGUCAGUGCCUUCUCAUACCUUUGACAAUGUUCAGUGGCUUUCAGCAGGGGUUCCUUUCCAGUGAGUUUACUAAGGCAUAUGUUACUUGUGCAUUGGGUAUACACUUUGUGGGAUAUGUGAUGAUUUGCUUCGGGGCAACAAACUCCAUUUUCUCAAUGGUCUUUGGAAAUAUUUCUCAGUAUACUGGACGGAUUGCUCUUUUUAUGCUAGCUACAGCUAUAAGUGUAUCCUGUAUAAUUGCAUUGUUGCUGUGGAGUCCAGAUCCUAAACAGCUUUCUGUAUUUUUCAUUUUUCCUGCCCUGUGGAGUAUUUCUGAUGCAAUCUGUCAAACUCUUCUAAAUGCUUUUUAUGGAGUUUUAUUUGAUGACCACAAAGAAGCAGCUUUUGCAAAUUAUCGUCUGUGGGAAUCUCUUGGCUAUGUCAUUGCAUUUGCAUACAGUAACCAUUUGUGUGUCUCUGUAAAGCUAUAUGUAGUACUUGUUAUUUUAUUGAUUGGGAUGAUUCUUUACCUUGUGGUUGAAUAUUUAGAAUACAGAAAACAGAAAGCAAGUUCUCAAGACACAAAUAUAGUAAUUAUGGAAGAAAGCCUGAAAGUUUUAUAUGAAACAGAGUUAGGCUAGGUUCACAUUGCUGUUUGCAUCCAACCCAUUAAGGGUCUAUUCUGCCCAUGAAAUGGGUCAGAUGCACUUGCAUGGGGUCCGUCGGUAAUCUGGUUAUUUUACAGAAGUUUAGCGGAGAAAAAAAUAGCUUGCACUAUUUUUUUCGCCGCUAAACUUGUCGGGAUUGCCGUUGGAGCUCCACAUUACGGACCCCUACAGCACUGUGAACAAGGCCUAAUAUAGUCAACACUAUGGCCCUGAUUUACUAAGAGUGGAGUGUCAUUUUCUUUGUGGGUUUUAAUUCCCUUCAAGUUUUUUCCACAGUAUUUACUAAUG